GAGCGAGUUGGGGGCAGCCGGGGCUGGGGGGCCAUGAGGAGGCUGGGGGAGGAUGGGGAAUACAAGCAGAAUGGCUGGAGGAAGAUCCCUGUGGGGGAGUGGAAUUUCAGUUGCUAAAAUUAGGAGCAGGGGAAGGAGGUGGAAAGAGCAAAAUUAUGUAACAUGGGUUGUCUGUUCUUGGGCAACUGGAGCUCCACACCCAAAGGCAGCCAGGCUGCUGGCUCCAUUCGUCUCUGCCCUCUAGCUUGUCAGUUGUAUCUCUCUUCCUCCAGGGCCCCAAUCCUCAUCUCCGCCAUUCAGCUUCUGCCCCAUCCUAAACCUGAGUUCAUCUCUGGGCAGCCCAGGCAUGGCCUUCCUUAUAAACAUUUCCUUUUCCAAGAACCAGUAGUUGAAGUCCUGAGAGGUGGAGGGAGAGUCUGGGAUUCCCACGGAAGAGAGAGGGGGCCUCCCUGGAAACUAAGAUAGGUAGACCCCACUACCAUCACCCGGGACACAACUGGGAACUCGGCAAAAAGAAAGGACAGGGCUGCAAGGAGAGUACAGACAUGUGCUGGUGAGUGCACUGUCUGCAUAGUUACACCAGAGCAUCUUAUCAAUCAGAAACUUAUCUUUCAGGUUUUGAGCCCAGUUCUCUACAGGAGAAUCCCGGGAGUGGAAGUGGAAGGCAAUAGAGGACAGGGAGGGCAAGCCUCUGGGAACAUGGGAACAUGGGUGGGCAUGAGAUCCUUGAAGAAGACAGCCUGAAGUUCGGAAGAGACCCAAGGCCUCUGAAGGACCAGGCAGAUGUUCAGGGUGCAGGAGGGGGAAGGGCUGGUGAGAAAGAUCCUGUGAGAGGAAGCUGCUGUGAUUCAGAGAAGAGACUUCAAGCUGUGUGUGACCCUGGCGUCCGGUUCCUCUCACAGGCUGGAGCUUUUCGGAAGUGGCAUGCAAAGAGUCCAGGUUUGGCCUUGGGGGGAGUUGGGGUUAGGAUCCCUAAGCUGGGGGUUGAGAAGUAAAUUACAGAAAACUCUGGUGACCAAAUUUGCUCCUCCACCCAGGAGAUUUCUCACUGGUUUUUAAGCACAUCAUUUCCCCUUCUGCAAGAGUUACAUAAAACCAAAACAAAAUAAGCCCUGAAGCCUGGGCCCACCGGACCACAGUCUUUUCAAUGUCCCUCCUUGGUGUCUGGCCCCCAGCCCUGGUGGGGGUUCCCCUGAGAUAAGAGCUGUUCACUUUCUCUGACCACAUGGUUUCCGCUUCUGUGUCUCUUGUUUCCUAGGCUGAUAAAAAUACUGAGCCCUAGAGGCCCUGGCUUCCUCUGACCCCUUGGGGCAGGCAGCAGGCAUCCUGUCCAGCAUGGUGGGGGCAGGGACGGGGGCCAGGGAUUCCCAAGGGGUGACUCAGUGCCUGCCAUGAAACAGUGGGUAGGUGGAAGUGUAUCUCUGUUCUCUAGAGCUGGCACCAGGAGUUGAGUCUCAGUGGAGGAUGCAUUGGGAUUCAAUUGGAGGAACAGGCCUGGAAAAGAAUAAUGAGAUUGAAGAGGGUCAGUUUGAGGACUCAGGUUGGGGCAGGUUUGGGUUAAGUUAGGAAAAGGAUCUGGGAGGGACUCUGUUCAGUGUAGGUCAGCUGAGCAUUAUGUAGCCCAAAGAUAAAUUUAAACUCUGCUUCAAGCUUACAAUCUAGUGGGGAGGUAGACCCAUACCUAAUUAACUGAUUCAAGGCAUGAUGAGUAAACUUUAAGAUGUUUACAGAAAGAGGGGAGAUUAAGUCCAUUUGAAAGCAUCCAGGGAGCCUCUGAGGAGACAGCAUUUGAACUUGCUCUAAUGAAUGGGUUCACUAGGUGGAGGUGGAUGGAAAGGUUCCAUAGGCGAAUAACACGUCUUGAGCGAGCCUGACAAGUCAGAAAAUGCAGUAUGUUCCGGGAAAGGAGCGUCCUGAGGUAGAAGAAGCACAGGUGUGAGGGAACAUGUGAUGAAGAAAGAACCACAGAAAGUCAAGGUCAGAGAUCGGACUUCAUUCUGUGGGCAGUGGUCCAGGUGACGAGGAAAAAGAGGGAGAACAGGCCUCAGCCUUUCCUGCCUUUGACUGAAACAGCAGCAUCUUCUAAGCCCUGGGGGCUUCCCCGGGCCCCAGCCCCGACCUAGAACCCGCCCGCCGCCUGCCACGCUGCCACUGCCGCUUCCUCUAUAAAGGGACCUGAGCGUCCGGGCCCAGGGGCUCCGCACAGCAGGUUCUCCCCAUGACACCACCUGAACGUCUCUUCCUCCCAAGGGUGCGUGGCACCACCCUACACCUCCUCCUUCUGGGGCUGCUGCUGGUUCUGCUGCCUGGGGCCCAGGGGCUCCCUGGUGUUGGCCUCACACCUUCAGCUGCCCAGACUGCCCGUCAGCACCCCAAGAUGCAUCUUGCCCACAGCACCCUCAAACCUGCUGCUCACCUCAUUGGAGACCCCAGCAAGCAGAACUCACUGCUCUGGAGAGCGAACACGGACCGUGCCUUCCUCCAGGAUGGUUUCUCCUUGAGCAACAAUUCUCUCCUGGUCCCCGCCAGUGGCAUCUACUUCGUCUACUCCCAGGUGGUCUUCUCUGGGAAAGCCUACUCUUCCAAGGCCACCUCCUCCCCACUCUACCUGGCCCAUGAGGUCCAGCUCUUCUCCUCCCAGUACCCCUUCCACGUGCCUCUCCUCAGCUCCCAGAAGAUGGUGUAUCCAGGGCUGCAGGAACCCUGGCUGCACUCGAUGUACCAUGGGGCUGCGUUCCAGCUCACCCAGGGAGACCAGCUAUCCACCCACACAGAUGGCAUCCCCCACCUAGUCCUCAGCCCUAGUACUGUCUUCUUUGGAGCCUUCGCUCUGUAGAACUUGGAAAAAUCCAGAAAGAAAAAAUAAUUGAUUUCGAGACCUUCUCCCCAUUCUGCCUCCAUUCGGACCAUUUCAGGGGUCACCACCACCUCUCCUUUGGCCAUUCCAACAGCUCAAGUCUUCCCUGAUCAAGUCACCGGAGCUUUCAAAGAAGGAAUUCUAGGCAUCCCAGGGGACCACACCUCCCUGAACCAUCCCUGAUGUCUGUCUGGCUGAGGAUUUCAAGCCUGCCUAGGAAUUCCCAGCCCAAAGCUGUUGGUCUGUCCCACCAGCUAGGUGGAGCCUAGAUCCACACACGGAGGAAGAGCAGGCACAUGGAGGAGCUUGGGGGAUGACUAGAGGCAGGGAGGGGACUAUUUAUGAAGGCAAAAAAAAUAAAUUAUUUAUUUAUGGAGGAUGGAGAGAGGGGAAUAAUAGAAGAACAUCCAAGGAGAAACAGAGACAGGCCCAAGAGAUGAAGAGUGAGAGGGCAUGGGCACAAGGCUGACCAAGAGAGAAAGAAGUAGGCAUGAGGGAUCACAGGGCCCCAGAAGGCAGGGAAAGGCUCUGAAAGCCAGCUGCCGACCAGAGCCCCACACGGAGGCAUCUGCACCCUCGAUGAAGCCCAAUAAACCUCUUUUCUCUGAAA